AUUUUUCUUAAGGUAGACAGGUGAGACUCAGGUUGUGAUGCAGCUGAAGCCACAGUUCUUUGGCUGUGAUUAUACUUGGGGUUAUAAGUGUACUUCUUUUUUUAAAUGCAAAUUUAAGUAUUUGAUAGAGAUGUGGGAAUACCUAAUACAGUGACCAUGAAUAAUUAACAAUAAUUAACUUACUAUUAUCUUAGUCUGAUUUUGUAUUGUAAUUUUUUUGCCUUCUCUUUAAGAAGAGGAACCAGCAACGGCUGUGCUUGGUAUCCAGCACUGUAUGCGUUCUGAGUUCUGGACAGGAACAUGUAGUGCACUUAACCUUGUAAAAACUUAAUAUGAAUUUGUUUCUAGGCUAAUGACUGCUUACAAAAACCUUUGUUGGGUAUUAGAAAUAUAUUUGUAGGCUUUGAAUUUCUAAAGUUUAAAUGGAGUUUUUCUGAAAACUGUAAUAGAUGAAUGACGUCAGCAUAUGAAAUAAUCUCUUUGAUUCAUUAAAGUGGAAAUUUGGAAGCUUGGAGGUAAAUGUUUUAAUACAAUCUGGUACCAAAACAUUACUUGCAUGCACAUUCACCUCCCACUGGAUAGAUAAAGGGCUGCUUCAGGCCUAUUUUCUCCUUGCUUCUAUGAGGAAAUGCUUGUGCAGAUGCAGUAGAAACUUCAGUGGAUGUAACUUCAGUGUUGAGUUGUUUGCAUGUAGUUGAAUCUGCUUCAGAAGACUCAGGGAUCUCAGGGAUUGGUCAGAACUGCUUAAAAGCAUAUACAAUUGUAUGUAAGAUGGGGGGGGGAAAUGUUUUUUUUUUUUUUUUUUUUUUAAAGACAUCUCUUCCUUAAUAAGCCUUUUUCUUAUGGGAAUGUUUGGCUAAGCUUAACUUCCCAGAGUUAGACUAAUUUGGGUGAUGCAAAACAGGACAUCUUUGAAAGAACAAACUUUUGCAGCAAAGGGAAAAUUCCAGAUAUGUUUGAGCCUGGCAUCAGAAUUUGAGACUCCAUUUGAUUCAGUCCUGAAGACUGUUGAACAUGGAUUUCCCCAUCAACCCAGCGCAUUGGGCUAUAGUCCAUUUCUCCACCUUAUGGCCAUUGGAACGCGGUCAGGAGCCAUCAAACUAUAUGGUGCUCCUGGGGUGGAAUUUGUGGGUUUACAUGAAGAAAACAAUACUGUAAUGCAGAUUCACUUUAUACCUGACCAGUGCCAGCUGGUGACAUUACUAGAUGAUAACAGCUUGCACCUCUGGAGCCUGAAGCAGCGCAGUGGAGCAUCUGAGCUGUGGGAAGAUCAUCGCUUCACACUGAAAGGGCCACCUGGCUCUCCGCCAAGUGCCACGCAGAUAACAGCUGUUCUUCCCCACUCCUCACGGGAAGUCCUUUACCUUGGCACUGAGAGUGGCAACAUCUUCGUGGUGGAACUGCCAUCCUUUGGAGUCCUGGAGGACAGGACCAUAACAUCUGAGGCUGUGCUGCAGUGGAUACCUGAAGAUUACAGUAACAGACGAUCAUGUGAAUUGGUAGAAGCCCUUCAGGAGCAUCCUAAAAACCCUGACCAGAUCCUGAUUGGGUACAGCAGAGGCUUGAUUGUUCUCUGGGACCGGCAGGAUAACAAAGUGACACACCAUUUCCUGGGCAGCCAGCAACUGGAGAACCUUUCCUGGCAGAGGGAUGGCAGUAAAUUCAUUAGUUGUCAUUAUGAUGGAAGUUACACCCAGUGGCCAGUAUCUAAUGACGACAGGCAGUCUCUGCCUCUGGAAAACCUAGUGCCUUAUGGUCCUUUUCCGUGCAAGGCCAUCUCUAAGAUCUACUGGCAGACAACAAGGAAUGGGCUUCCUUACAUUAUAUUCCAAGGGGGGAUGCCCCGGGCUAGUUAUGGUGACCGGCACAGUAUCUCUGUUAUUCAUGGCAGCCAGCAAAUAGCCUUUGACUUCACAUCGCGAGUGAUAGACUUCUUUAUCAUCUUCAGUUCAGAGCCUACUGCAGAGUUUGAUGACCCUUCUGCUAUGGUGGUGCUGGCAGAAGAAGAGCUGAUAGUUAUAGACUUAAAAUCUGCAGGCUGGCCAGCAGUCCAUCCUCCAUACUUGGCUUCUCUCCACUGCUCAGCCAUCACUUGCUCACACCAUGUCUCCAACAUCCCACUGAAACUCUGGGAGAGGAUUAUUAGUGCUGGGAGCAAGCAGAAUGUUCACUACUCAAAUAUGCCAUGGCCAAUUGAUGGUGGCACCAACAUAGCUCCUGAUCCUCCUCAGAGGGACUUGCUUCUCACAGGACAUGAAGAUGGCACUGUGCGGUUUUGGGAUGCAUCUGGUGUCUGCUUACAUCUCCUUUAUAAGCUAAGCACAGUAAGAGUAUUUCUCACAGAUGCUGAUCCCAAUGAUAACAUGAACACAAUGGGUGAGGAUGAAUGGCCUCCUCUUCGUAAGGUUGGUACCUUUGACCCUUAUAGCGAUGAUCCUAGACUUGGGAUCCAGAAGAUCUACCUGUGUAAAUACAGUGGAUACUUGGCUGUAGCUGGUACAGCAGGGCAGGUACUGGUAAUGGAACUGAAUGAUGAAGGUGCAGAACAUGUUGUUGAUCAUGUUGAAGCAGAUCUGCUGCAGGACCAAGAGGGCUAUCGAUGGAAAGGUCAUGAGAAACUGAAGACUCGAGAUGGACCUGUUCGAUUUGAAGCUGGUUUUCAGCCAUUUGUCCUUGUCCAAUGUCAACCACCAGCUGUUGUCACCUCAUUGGCCCUUCACUCUGAAUGGAAGCUUGUGGCCUUUGGUACUAGUCAUGGCUUUGGACUUUUUGAUCACCAGCAGAGACGACUGGUUUUGGUCAAAUGUACACUUCAUCCCAGUGAUCAGUUGGCUUUAGAAGGCCCACUGUCUCGGGUGAAGUCCUUGAAAAAGUCCCUCCGUCAGUCAUUCAGGCGGAUUAGAAGAAGCCGAGUGUCCAGUAGGAAGCGGCGAGGAGUUGGUGGAAAUACCUCAGAGACACACGAAGCAAAUGGCAAAUUUGAUCAGGGCAUGUUACAGGAAAUGGAACUGGCUCCAGUCCAACGGAAGAUUGAAGCCCGAUCUGCAGAAGACUCUUUCACUGGCUUUGUGCGCACCUUAUAUUUUGCUGAUACCUUCUUGAGAGACAGCUCCCGCCACUGCCCAUCCUUGUGGGCAGGCACCAAUGGAGGUACAGUCUAUGCCUUCUGUUUGCGUGUUCCACCAGCAGAGAGAAGGAUGGAUGAACCUGUCAGGGCAGAGCAGGCCAAAGAAAUUCAGCUGAUGCACAGGGCACCUGUUGUGAGUAUACUUGUCUUGGAUGGGCGCAACAUACCUCUCCCAGAACCUCUGGAAGUAGCACAUGACCUUUCUAAGAGCCCUGAUAUGCAAGGCAGCCAUCAACUACUGGUGGUAUCCGAAGAGCAAUUUAAGGUCUUUACACUGCCCAAGGUUAGCUCAAAACUGAAGCUCAAACUGACAGCACUGGAAGGCUGUAGAGUAAGAAAAGUGAUGGUUGCUAACUUUGGCAGCUGCAAGACUGAUGAUUACAGUGAAAAUGACCUGACUGUCCUGACUAACCUGGGAGACAUUCAGAUCAUCUCACUGCCCUUCCUGAAGUUACAGAUUCGCUACCCUUGCAUUCGUAAAGAGGAUGUGAGUGGCAUUGCAUCCUGCGUUUUCACUAAAUAUGGCCAAGGCUUCUAUCUCAUCUCACCAUCAGAGUUUGAGAGGUUUUCCCUUUCUACCAAAUGGUUAGUGGAGCCCCGGUGUGUUGUGGAUGUGCCAGAAGUUUCAAGCAACAAUCACGCGCACAGUAGGUCUGUCAUGGAGAAUGCUUCAAGAAAAUCCAGGUGUUCAGGAAGAAGUUCAGAUGACUGUGGAGAAGAUGAAAGGAAUUCUGGAAGGCUGAUGGAUCAUGCCUUACUCAAUGAUGAAAAAGUCCUGAAGGAGAUCCAGAGUACUCUGGAGGGGGGAAGAGGGAGCUUUGCAGAAAGAAAUUUGGCAAGAAGUCCAGUAGGACACAGACUAAGUAAUGGAGGAGCAGACUGACCAGAAUUCAUCAAGGACUUUUCUGGGAUUGGAUUGCGUGCCAUAAUACUACUGAUUGGGCAAACCGUCCCUGGGGAGAGCACAGCAGUGUUCCCUGUAUCACAGGCUACUGAGUUGCAACUUUCAUGCAUAUGCAUGUCUGCCCUGGCCUCCCCUUUUAGUGCCUCAUUAGACAUCUCUUGGAGCCUGCCUUACAUUAGGACAGAAGUGGAUUGCCAGGUCUAAUGCACCACAAGCUUCUGAGUACAUCUAACUUUUAAAUGUUUGCACAUUUCUCUUUUCUACUGGGCUGGGUUUUAAAUUAUGAAUACUACUGCGUUGGUGCAGGAUUUUAAUAAAUGCGCACUGUUACCUCCAACUGGUACAAAAUUAUUUUUUGUACCAUUUUU